CUCGCCUUUCAACUCUCAAAACCAUGAUGCUCUCCUCCGCCUUCGCUGCCCUUGCUCUGUUCACUGCCGCCGCCAGCGCUGGCAAGCGUGGUCUGUGCUGGACAUGGUAUGACUCGACUCUUGAUGCCACCAAGUUCAUCAACGACUCCGGCGAGGUCGUCGCCAUCUACGACUACGAGACCUACGCGCCUCCCACCUCCAACGGCAUCGGCAACCUUGGCUUCAUCGGCAUGCAGCGCUGCACGGACUGUACCUCCAGCCCCAUUGCCGACCUCGCGUCGCGUCAGGCAGCGCAAGGCUGGGCAACGGUCUUCACUCUCAAUGAGCCUGAUACCAACGGCAUCAGCGCGAGCGACGCCGCGUCUUGGUACAUCCAGUACAUCAACCCCCUGGCUAUCAAGAAGGCGCUUCCUGCCGUGACAUCCAGCACGACGUCCGGCCAAGGUCUCAGCUGGCUGGCAGAGAUGGUCAGCGCGUGCGCUGGACAGUGCUACUACGACUACAUCAACUUGCACUGGUACGGAACCUCCUUCGCCGAGUUCCAGUCCUACGUCGAGUCUGCGCACAGCCAGUUCCCCAGCCAAUCGAUCGUGAUCACCGAGUUCGCGCUGCAGAACCCCUCCGGCGGCCAGUCGGACCAGGUCUCGUUCUUCCAGCAGGCGUUCUCCUUCCUCGACGGGCUCAGCUACGUCGAGCUCUACUUCCCCUUCGUCGCGACGUCGCCGUCGCUGCUCCAGGCGAACGACGCCGGCGCGGUCUCGUACGUCGGCACGGGCUCGUGCUUGUACAACGACGACGGGUCGCCGUCGGCUGUUGGAAACCUUAUGUACUAAGUUAGCCUUGUGCAAGGCGAAGAAUGGUUUUUUGAGGGAUGGGUGUUAAUUUUGAUUUUGGGGUAUGGACUUUGGGGCCGGGGUAUUGUGUAAUAGCUUAUUGGGUCAUUAUUUCUAAAUCAUUGUAUACAAUGAAGAUUAUACAUUGUGUGCAUGCAUGAGAUCUUAUUCGACGCUAUCAUCAC